AAAUCUAACAUGGCGGGUUACGGGAAGCAAAUUCUCGUACGGGACGUGUUUUUAUGGUCCAUAUCUGCCAUCUAUCUCUUUGCGUUUUCCUCUCUCUACAUACAGAUACCAGGUCUCUAUGGACAGAACGGCGUCCUCCCUGCUAAGCUUACGCUAAGGGAAGUAAGCCAAUCAGUGGAAGAAAAUUUCUGGCACAAGCCCACCCUGUUGUGGUUCACGCCAAGGCUGGGACUAAACACAGAAACAGGAAUGGAAUUGUUAUGUUUGACUGGAAUGCUUCUCUCUCUGUUGGCCAUGGCAUUGAAGUCCUGGAGGGACUCCAUCACAUUCUUUGUUCUGUGGUUUCUUUACUACUCUUUAUAUCAGGUUGGACAAACAUUUGUCUACUUUCAGUGGGAUAUUCUGCUCAUGGAAACUGGAUUUUUGACAAUUCUGGUAUCUCCUCUCAAUAUAUUCAAAUUCAGGAACAACAAAUCUCAGCGUCACCAUGAUAACAUCACACUGUGGUUAGUGAAGUGGCUGGCAUUUAGACUUAUGUUCUGUUCUGGAGUUGUUAAAUUGUCAAGUAGAUGUCCAACAUGGUGGGGGCUCACUGCUCUUGAUUGGCAUUAUGAGUCACAGUGCAUUCCCACCCCACUGGCCUGGUAUGCCCACCAGCUUCCAAAAUGGUUUCAGAAGCUUAGCAUUGUAUUAACAUAUGUUAUUUUAAUGGCACUUUCUUGGUUGUUUUUUGUUCCUGUUCGAUCCCUGAGAAUAUUUUCAUUUUAUUCACAGAUUUUCUUUCAAGUUCUGAUUAUUCUUACUGGCAACUACAACUUCUUCAACCUACUGGCAAUUUCAUUAUUGUUGCCAAUUCUUGAUGAUGAGCAUUUGGUCACAAUUCUACCAUCUUGGCUUGUUGAAAGAUCCACCAUUCACAAACCAGCUCAGAAAAGCAAAAUUGUGAAGGUGCUAGGGAGAAUUGCCUCAUUAUCAACAAUAGCAGUCAUAAGUUAUGGGAUGGUCAAGCUCUUUGCUCUAGAGCUUUCUUCUAAAAGCAUUGUGAAGGCCGAGAUAACAUUCUCUCAGAAUCAAUUCUUCAAGGCAGUGGAUCAAGCAGUGCCAGUUACCAUAUGGCUUGGUGUCUUAUCGUUGAGUGUUGAGAUUAUUGCAUCAGUGUCAGGGUGCAUCAAGCAAAAAGGCAUCUUGAAUAAGUUAUGGUCAUUACUGCAAUGGGCAGUAUUCAGUUAUGCAGCUCUAGGAAUGUUUGCUAUAAGCCUGGUUCCUUACACAGAUAUCAGUCAUAGUGCUAAGGCAAAUCUGUGGCCUGUGAUCUCAAGAUGGCGUCAAAAGACAGAUUCCUUUGAACUUGUGAAUGCAUACGGAUUAUUUAGAAGUAUGACCGGUGUUGGUGGGCGCCCAGAGGUCAUCAUCGAGGGAAGUAAUCAUCCUGAUGGGCCCUGGUUGGAAUACCAUUUUCACUACAAACCUGGUAAUGUUUCAGAGUCUCCACCGUUAGUUGCGCCACACCAGCCACGUCUUGACUGGCAGAUCUGGUUUGCGGCGCUUGGAAGCUAUGAAUAUAAUCCGUGGUUUGUACACCUUGUCUACAGAUUGCUUCAGGGCCAACAAGAUGUUUUAGAUCUUUUGGCGAAAAACCCUUUCCCGCGCAAACCCCCCACUUACAUCAGGGCCCGGCAUUACAAAUACCACUACACAGAGCUACCAAAGAAUAUUUCUUCUCUAUCUGAUAUUCUUCAUAACAACAGACUGGUAAAGCACUGGUGGUGGAGAGACAGUCCUAGGGAAUAUCUACCAAUCCUGACUGUUAAUGAACCAACGCUAAUCAACUGGCUUAAUCAAUAUGGCUAUGCUAAGAAUGAUCCAUGGCCUGAACGACCGUCAGGUCGGCUCUACAGAGCCAUCAAGUAUCUGCGCUCCAUCGUACGAAAAUUGGACGCGCUUCGGUUCAUGUUAGGGCUGUUUUCCUGUGGAGUGAUUAUGGCAUUUUUUAAUCGCUAUCGGUCUUCAAAGCAACGAUGAUGAAUAUACAUAAAAUAUCAUGACAAAUGGUUGUAUUACUUGGAAAAGUUUAGAGAUAAGUUUAAUGACUAUCUAGCGAGGACAUUCCCGCCUUUACAAGUUCUCAAGUCCUUCGUGAUGAAUCAACAGAAAUAAGUUCAGAUAAAACACAAUAUAUUAUUGCCUUAUAGCGUUCGUAUGUUUCUUUACAUAUGAAUAUGUAUGAGAAAUUCCUGUAAGAAAUGAUAUGAAGAUAUAGAGGAUAUUACAUGGCCGCUUGGGGAUACCAAUUUUUUCUUCGAGUGCUGAAAGUAUCUCUCACGAGAGAGGGAAGAGAUACUUUCAGCACUCGAAGAUAAAAAUUCGUAUCCCCAAGCGGCCUUGUAAUGUUCUGUUUAUUUUAUAGAUACUGAUGAAAUUCCUACAUAAAAGACAACUACUUUUUUUUUUUGUGAAUGAAAUUUCAAAAGAACCAGCCGCGCGCCUCAGCGGGAAGCUCUCUCGUAAUUGGCUAAUCAUGUUAGUAACCAUGGCGACACCAAUAUCCUCGCACGUGAAAGAUAAAAAUGGUAUCUUUACUGCACGCGAUGAAGAGAUGAUUUUUUAGUUAAAAGAAAAAUACCGGUAUUUCAUCAGUAUCUAUAUAAUUCAAUACAGUAUUAGUUUAGAUAGAGCCACCAUAGCGUAAAGUAAUGAACAAAAAACGUGUUAAGUUGUGCACUCUCUCCAAAUGAAUACAGAGGUUUGUUAUAUUUAAAUAAUCGUUAAGUUCGGACAAAAGGAGGAAAUGAAAAGUUCUAUUUGUUUCUCUCCAUGAAUUUGAAGGCAGUUUUUGGCUGUACGGUUUUUUUUUUCAAAUAAACGCCCUGGGCGACUUGGCAAGCUGAACCAUA